AUGGACACCGUUCAUGAUGUUGUUGAAUCUCCGAUUGCAGACGAAGCGAAGCUGUCAGAGAUCAUAGACAUGACAGACAUGGAUGCGGCCACGACCAUCGAAUCCUCCCCAUUGCCAGCCAGACCCAGACACACGAGAACACGCACCAAUGAAGAGAUCUAUGAGGCUGCUCCAGAGCCAAAUUCAAGUACUUUGGCGUCAAAAUUCCACGAAUCCGCCGACAAAACCAAAAGACCCCCUCCGUCCACAACAAAUGAUGCGUUUGCGAAAGAAAUCCGCGACCAUCAGAAGAAGCUAGACUUCGAAUUCCAGGAAUUUGAGCGAUCCUUGGACGAGAGAGAUACUACCAUCGACUUGGAUCCUUUGGAUUGGACGGACUUGGAAAAUCGUUACAACCAGGAGAUUCAACCUCAUAUUGCUGCUGAACAAGAGAUCCUGAAUGAGCUUGGUGCCCGCUUCGAGCAAUUUAUGCUCUACAUGCAAGUUUCAAACGAAUACGAAGCUGAAAGAGCUAUCAAGAGGCUGCGAACCAGAAUUGCCCUGGUCCAGAAUUCUGAAGCAUCAUUGGCACAGAAACAAGCACACCAUGCAAGAGUCCUUGAAGCAUUCCAAAAUGCAAUGGCACUGCUUGGAAACCUUUAG